CUGGCCGGCGCUGACUUCAUUCCCUUGCCGCUUUGCGGGGUGAUGACAUUUGCAAUAUGGCGGCGAGUCGGGCGGGUCCUGGCCAUCUGCGAUGCUCCGUGCUCAUACUGUACGGAGAGAUCCGUCGGGGGCCUGGCCUUGUGGGCAGGGCAGUGAGCGAGCUAAAGAGAGGCUUCUGUUCAUGGGAUAUCGAUCCAUCCUUCUGUAAUCUGGAUGAGCAACUGAAGUUAUUUGUAUCUCGUCACUCUGCUAGUUUCUCGUCAGAUGUGAAAGGGCAGAGAAGUCUUCAUCAUGCAGGGGAUGUUUUAGAGACAAAUGUUCUGAUUAACCCUUCUAAGAAGUCUGUGUGUGAAGAGAUCCAGAAAUUGAUUUGCUGUGAAUCUCAACAUAAGUUACUGAUUUUCAUUGGCCCAUUCCUGGAAGGAACCUGGGAGUUACUCCUCCAAGGUGGUGGAAACUUCUCAGUGAAAGACUUUAUCCAGAUAUUUGCUGACAAAGAGAUUGGAGAGACUCUGAGCCUGUCUGACCCCUCGGCACAUCUCAACCUUACUGUAACAUGCCCCCAAAACUGGGAUGUGUCUCAGCUCGAUAAAGGGAACCUUCAGGAUUUCAUAGAGAUGAGGUUUAACCCAGCACAGCUGUUGCCGGAGACAGAAGGUUUGCAAGAGUUGGCAGAAUACCUUUCAGAGUCCUUGGAGCCACCUUCUCCAUUUGAGCUGCUUGAGCCUCCCUCUACUGUGGGCUUUCUUAAACUUUUCAAACCAUGCUGCUAUGUAUUCCCUGGAGGCAGAGGAGACUCUGCCUUUUUUGCUGUAAAUGGGUUCAAUAUGCUUGUGAAUGGAGGUUCAGACACUAGAUCUCCUUUUUGGAAACUGGUACGCCAUUUGGACAGAAUAGACUCUAUACUUCUAACUCACAUGGGCACAGACAGUCUGCUUGGGAUCAACAGUUUGUUACUAAGAAAGAUAGCUGAGGUUGAAGAGGAUCCUUCUCAAGGUCCACAAGCAAAUGAGGAAUGGUUGAAGAACUUGGUUUCUCCAGAGCUAGGUGUGGUGUUUUUCAACACUGCAGAGAAGUUGAUCAACCAGGAGGAUGAUCCCAGUGUAGUAAGGCGUAAAGAAGAAGCCAUACUCACUCUGUGUUGUUUGGAAAAGCUGGGAAUUCAGCCAGAGCCGCUACAUAGAGGCAAUGUGCCAUUGGCGGAACCCACAAUCCUAUUCCAAAAAAUGGGCGUGGGACGGCUAGAAAUGUAUAUACUUAACCCUGUCAAAGGCAGCAAAGAGCUGGAAAUGCUGACCAAGCAGUGGACUGGAUCUGAGUCAGUGACUGGCACAGAUUUACCCCUCACUUGUCUAACAUCUGCCUGUGUCCUUCUAGUUUGGCAUCCAGCCUCUUUAUCUGAGAAGAUUGUACGUGUUCUGUUCCCAGGAUGCACUCCACAGGGCAAGAUUCUGGAGGGGCUUGAGAAAUUGAAACACUUGGAGUUCUUAAAAACUCCAGUGAUAACUCGUAAAGAUUUGGAGAUAGUCCGUGGACAUAACCUUUCAGAGCGAAUUAGCACCAAACCCAAACGAACAGAAAGUAAGGAGAGCUUGAGAUCUGGAUCCAGUAGGCAUAGUGUUGAACUUAAGGUGAAACCUGAGAGGAAAGAGGCUAAACGAGAAGUAAAGGAAAAAAGUAAAAUGCUCACAGGCUCCACCAAAGAUACAGGAGAUAAAACAAAGGAAGCCAAGACUAAAGCAGAAGGUAUAACUGAAAAAUCAAAUGCGGAUUCAAAAUUUAAAGUGAGAAAAGAGUUAACUGUAAAGAAAGAACAACCUAAAGAGGAGAAGAAGCCUCCGGUUAAGAAAGAGGAGACCCUAACAGACAGUAAAAAGGAGGCCACAAAACUGGAAGCCAGGAAAGAUGUACGACGCUCAUUGAAAGUGGGAAAGUCUGAAACUGCAAAGAGGGAGUUAAAGGAUGAUGCCAAGAAAGAAAGCAGAAGCGAGGAUGGAAAAACUGUCCGAACAAUUAGCAAAGAUCUUAAGAAACUUGCAAUCACACCUGCAGACUCCAAGAGACCUGUGUCCAAAGUGGGUUCUUUGAAAAAAGAAACUAUAGUUGCCAAGAAGGAAUAUAGCACCAAUGCUAAGAUUACAGAAAAGGGCAAAGUUAAACAUCAGAAGAAGGAGGCAGAAGCAGAAUCUGCAAAACCACCAUUGGUUCAUGCUGAAGACCUCAACCCUUGUAGUACCUUAGAUAGGAAUCAAGAGAGAGAAAAAACUUGCGAGAACGAUGUUUGUGACCCCAAAUUAAAUGGAAAUCUCAAAAACAAUGGGGCUGCAUGUGCUGUGAAUGGGCUGUGUACUGUAGAGCCAGAGAGCCCUAAUGGAUUUCGCUAUAUGGAGACAAGUCCUCUUAAAAGUUUAGCCCCAAUAUCCCCUCUUGCAACAACUCCUAAAAAUGAACUGAGUGUCUACUUUGACCUGAUACCCUCAGGCUUGGAAAUACAAGAAAAGAGCAACGUUGCACAGCAGGGAGCAGAUGGGUUGGAGGAUGCCUAUGGUAGCUCUGAAGAGAGAACACUGGAAAUGGCAUCUCCAGCAAGCUCAGGCAAUCACUCCCCCGCAAUUGUUGAUUACAAUGGAGAUCAGUCACUGCCAUCUGGAGAAAGCAGAAGUUUAAACAUGUCAUCUUGGAAGGCACCCCCAAAAUCUUCACAAGAGAAUUCAAAUUCCUCUCAGGGAAGACAUGCCAGCUGCCUGUCCUUGAGCCCCUUUCGGGAAGAUGUUCCUGAUGUAUCUCCAACUAUAACUACUCCCUCGUUACCUGCUGAGGUGGGAUCACCACACUCGACUGAAGUAGAUGAAUCUUUGUCUAUCUCAUCCUUUGAACAGACACUACCCCCAGUUAGUGAAUCUCCUAGAAAUGUCUCACCUGUAACUCAUGCUCCAAAUAGAGGAGGCUUGACACUUCCUGUACAUCCUACACACUCUGCUGAAUUUGAUGGGCAGUCUGAAAGGUCUGCAUCCCCCCAUGAUGUUGACUUAUGCUUGGUAUCCCCAUGUGAGUUCGAACACCCUAAAUCAGAUGCUGCACUCAGCCCAAGGGACAGUGACAGUGAUCCUUCCCAGGAGCUUGCCAAACCCACAUGCUUGUCUAAAGACACCCAAAAUGGGCCAGAGACACCACCAACUUCAGUUAGUGAGUCUUUGCCAACCAUCUCUGACUCUGGACCAGACGAAUGCCCUUCUAUAGCUUUGGAUGGAGAGUCGGAUGCAGAGAACACUCCAAAACCACUGGACCCCAUCCCAACACCGCUGCAUGACCCCUACCCUGUUCCACCUCACCCAGGCACAUGCAUGGUUGACCCAGAAACUAUGCCUGUAAACCCCAGGGAAAAAAAGCCUCAAACACGGCUCUCCUCCGCUAAUAACAAAAAUGACAGUAGUAAAGUGACAGGGACACUUGCCAAGCCUCAAACUACUGGAACAAGCAAGGGAGCUAUGGGCAAGACUGAAACAACAGAAAGGGUGCCACACUCUGGGACUGGAUCAAAAUCCUCUCUGGGCAGGAGAAGUACUAGUAAUGCCAUAAAACCUACAACUGUAGCAAGCCGCACAUCUUCAGCAGCUCAUGGCUUACCACAUCACUCUAGCUCCUCUCCACCAUCUCCUCCAGUGUAUGUUGACCUUGCUUAUCUGCCUGGAGGUCCUGGGGCCCUCACCGUACAGGAGGACUUUUUUAAGCAGGUUCGCUCCUCUUGCUAUAUUAUCGGUGGGGAUUAUCCCGGUAAGGAAGAGGUUACCCGUAGGAUCCUCGAUUCACUGCUUACCAGUAAAAGUCUGUGGUCGCAAGAAAUGCAGGUGACCUUGAUACCAACCUAUGAGUCGGCAGUAGUCCAUGAAUGGUACAAUGAUACUCAUGCUCUCCAGCAGUCAUUGGGAGUAACUGUUUUAGGCAGUACCAGCAGUGUGUCUAUGCAGGGUGAAACCUUUCCUGCCUGCAAAGUGGAAUUCUAAGUUGAAUUCUCCCAGCAUUCCCAGCCCAUAUCUGGACACUGUACCUUGUGAUUGUUAUAGGCCAUUUCAAGUUAUUUGGGGCUGUGUGUUGAGUGGCACACACUUCAUUGACUGUUGUUGCACAUGCUUUAUAAACCGUAGCUGGCACACUGCAUCAAUCACUUGUUGUGGAAGCCUUCACUCUGCUACUGUACAACCCCACAUAAGACUGUUAUUUUUUUUCCUCCUGUCUGGGCUGCCACUGUGAUGAUGAUCAUAAUUGUUUUUGAGGACAAUUCCCUCCUUAUCAACCCCUUUAAAUGUCAUUAUCAUCACCAAUCAGUGCCAGCUGAAUGUUGUUCACUUUUCUGUUAACAUCCACAUCAUAGCAAGCAGCUCCUUCCAUUUCACUGACGAUGUUUACAGGUUUUUGCUGUGAUGGAAUUCAUUGUUAAGAGCUGGAGUUUAUUCUAGCCGCAAACACAGUGGUGUCUCCUUGUCCUGGUUCCACAUUUAUGAGAGGUGUUGAAAAAACAUAAGGACAAAGAUAACAAUCGUCAAAUACAUCAUUUUUUUUUUCUUCUUCUUGGCACUAAUUGAGAACUCUGCUCUGAAUAAACCAGCGGACUUAAGAUUUAAUGUUUGGAAACUAUACAAGUAUUCCAAGUGCAAAAAAUGUGCAUCACAGGGUUGUAAGAUUUUUUUUUUCUUUCAUUCACCACUCAAAGCUGCCCUCGGUUUCUUGAGGAAGUGUGUAUAUUAUGAUAGGACAUUCAUUUCCAAAAACAAAAUACUGUAGUUUGGAAGAAAAGUGGUGAUAUUGAAGGAUGAACUUUUUUUUUCUUUUGCUGUAUCCAGCCAUUUUUUUUUUUUUUUUUUUACAAAAGUUAAAAUAGACACAACUGUAUCAAUUUACUAUGAGAUUUGGAAACACUUAUACAAUGUGAAUACGGCAUGAAAUCUUUUUCUUGUCUGCUUUUGCUUUUCCAGCACUGCAUGUUCUUUAGUUUAUAGCUGGCAUCCAAUUCAUAAUGGUCAUGAACCAUAUUGGCUCAGAUUAAAAGUUUAAAUGAAAGCUCUCCUUUAUGUUUGAUGGUAUUGAGAUUAACUACCCAUAGACCCCAAGUAUUUUUACGGUUUAUUAAUAUUUUAUUAUCCUAAGCUGAUAAUAAAGCCGAUAUUUCUCAUUUAUUAUCUACUGUGCUACACAACUCACUUGAAGGAAAACUGUCCAUUAUUUCCAUAGCCCUGGUUUUUGUUUAUUGUUCCGUUAUUUAUUUUUAUGUCUAUUGUUGAAACCUCAAAUAUCUGUCCAGUACUACCCCUGUAUUUAAUAUAUAUUCUUUUCACAAUGCACAAUAAAAUAUACAUAUUAAGAAAUGUAUGUUAUGUGAAAAAUAACAUUUUAUUUCCAGAAUUCCCUCUUAUUUAAGUGUUUCAUUUGUUUCCAUUAAGGUGAUCGUAUUCAUUGCUAAUGGAUUUUCUCUGGUUGUAUCGAAGCCCAAUAUUUUGCCAAAAUAUAGCCAGCCAGGCCAAAUCUUUGUAAAUAGGUCCAACAUGUGAGAGCAAACGAAUUACACUCCAUCUCACACUUUAAAAGCACUUGUUCAUGAAUGUGUGCCUUGACCAUUAUUAUAAAGAAAGUUGGGACCAAUGUUUACGUAUUUUGGUAAUCUGGCAUUAAAUCUCUAUCAGAUUAACUGUGUAUUGUGUGUCUCUCUUUUUUUGUUGUAACAGGAUUUAUAGCCGAUUGCUGUAAUCAGUUAACUAUUUUAUCCUGUUUAUUGUUUUAAAAUCAAUAAAACUAAGGUCCAAAUACAGAAUGUUUUUUUUGUAAAAUUAUCCCCUUUCUCUAUCCCUUAGAUGACCAGCUUUGUGCAAAUUGUAUUUCAUUCACUUGCUCUUUCCACAUGUGUUAAAAUAUCCAUGAUAAUAUCCAGGUUUUAGUAAUCUCGAAAUGAAAUGUGGUUUAUUGUCAAUAGGUUUAGACUUUACAGUGUCUGCUAGUAGACAAAUAUUAUGAUCAGUAAUGUAUCUAUCAUGUCUAAACACUAAACUGCUUUGGAGGUAAUGUAAAGUGAAGAACUUUCUACUUCCUGUUCAUUGGUAGAAAUGUGUAAAGAUUGGCAGGUUAUGUGUAACAGGCUUCCCAAUGCAUUUUAAAACAGUGCCCAUAAUAUUGUAUAGCUGUUUGUUCUGUGUCAUGUUACAUAAAACUGAGCCACCUGCCAGGGUUGCCCUCUGCGUGGUAAAAUGUUUUCUUCAUAUAGAACAGACCUGUUUUUGCAGAUAUGUUAAAUGGAAUCUGAACUGUGAAUUCAUGUGGAUUUUUUACAACAAAUUAAAAAAAUAUCUUGCCCAA